CGUCAGUCUUCCAUCGAGCAACAGAAGCAGAAACAAAAUGGCACUUAAAGUCGUAUUUUUUGUGGCAUUCCUCGCAUUAGUGAAGGGCGGUAUCAUAGCACCAGCUGCACCCCUCAUUGCUGCAGCGCCUCCGGCACCACUUUUCAGAGCGGCACCAGCCCCAGUCUUUGCUCCAGCCCCUCUGGCCCGUGCAGCUCCACUUUCUGUUGUAGAUGCCGAAUAUGACCCCAACCCCCAAUAUUCCUAUGCUUACAACGUGGAAGAUGCUCUUACAGGAGACAGCAAAUCCCACAGCGAGUCCAGAAAUGGAAACGUCGUCCAGGGGAGCUACUCCUUAACAGAUUCCGAUGGUACAAGGAGGACUGUUGACUAUGCGGCUGACUCAGUUAAUGGAUUUAAUGCCGUCGUCCGGAGAGAACCCUUGGGGGUACCAGUAGCCUCUGUGGCACCCGUGGCCCCUAUUGUAGCCCGAUAUCACUAAUGUUACGACACAAUUUCGACUGAUUGUUAAAUAAUUGUAAAUGUUGUUUCGAAUAAUUAGGCUUUUUUAUUAUUAAAUAAUAGCACCAUA